CUAGGCACGUGGGAGACUCGGCGACGCGAAAAGAAGUAAUGUAAAUUCUAAAGUUUAUUUGCGCUUAACCUAUUUUUAGAUGAGUGUCAUACGGUCUAGUAAAAAAAAAUGAAAAAUUUAAAUGUGCCCUAAAUUGGCUCCUCCCUCCCACAUUUCCCUCUUCUUUUAGAUCGACAGAUAUUCUCUCCACUGACACCUCCGACGACACCAUCGUCCAUCGCUACUUCCUUCAUCGCUUCCUCUUCCUUUCUAGGAUUCUUUUACACACUUCACGCAUUUCUCUUCACAAUCAAGAUUCAAGAUGGCAAAGGGUUGCUCCAGCAACAGCUAUGAAGAGGUUAAGAAACAAAGAGUUGAAGAAAACAAAAAGAGGUUUGAGGAAUUAGGGAUUUCAAAGAUGUCAAAAAAUUUGACCAAGGUCACAAGUCCUGCGAAGAAGUCCCAGAAUCGCCUUCCCAAACUAAAAUUAAAGACUAGUGAAGUGGAACCUAGGCGCUCUUCUCGUCCAAGAAACCAUGUUAAGUCAUACACUGAAGAGUUUAGCACAGACCUUCCAGAUAGGAGUUCAUAUAUGCGGAAGAGGUCAAGGUCAAGGUCAAGUUCAUCAUCAUGGGAAAGCUACGUUGCAAGGCCUCUAGAUGAAAUCAAAGUAGCUACAGAAAGAGAAAGAAGGUGUGCUUACGAGGCUGCAGAGGCACUCCAAAUCAAGUUGCAAUCUUCAAAGCCAUCAUUUAUCAAAUCAAUGGUCCGGUCUCAUGUUUAUAGUUGUUUUUGGUUGGGUCUUCCUAAUAGAUUUUGUGUGGAACACCUUCCAACAACGGGGUCUAACAUGACUUUAGAGGAUGAAGAUGGCUCAGAGUAUGAUGCCAAAUACAUUGGUAGUAGAAGUGGGCUAAGUGGUGGCUGGAGAGCUUUUGCAUUGGAACACAAAUUGGAUGAUGGCGAUGCACUUGUUUUUGAAUUGGUUGAACCAGCAAGGUUUAAGAUUUAUAUUGUUAGAGCAUUUCCAAAUGUAGAUGAAGAGGAAAACGAAGAAGAAAACGCUACUACUCUUGAGCCAAAAGGUGAAGCACAAAAUGAAAUUGCGAAACCAAAGACUAGAUCUUCUCAGAAACAAAUGCAAAAGAUGUCUGAAGUAUCUACUGCUCUUGAAUCAAAAGAUGAAGCGCAAAAUGAAAUUGUGAAACCAAAGACUAGAUCUUCUAAAAAACAAAUGCAAAAAAUGUCUGAAGUAUCUACUGGUCUUGAAUCAAAAGAGGAAGCACUUGAAACUGUGAAGCCGAAGGCAGCUGCAAAGUUGUCAAACAAGAAAAAAAAGUCGAAAGAAGGUAAUGAAUGUGAAAUUGAUCAUUCAAUCAAUACCGAGCAGCUUCUUCCUAAAGAUAAUGUUGUUGAAACUGUCAAUGCUAACGUGAGUAAGAAGAAAGAACAUGAUCUUGAGUCAACAAAAGAUAAACCAGAUGAAAAACGAGCUCCUAAGUUUUUUCGAAAAAAAUCAGCUCCUAAGUUUUUCCGGAAGAGAGUAUAGUCUUUGAGUAGUAUAUCGGUUAAUGGACUAGAUGUGUUGAUGUGAAAUUGAGCUUUAAGCAUCAAUAUUAUUACUUUUUUUAAUGAUAAAUAUUGCUGUUGAGUCUUAGAAUUUUCACACCAUUAUGAAAUGCAUUAUGAAAGUUUGAAAUUCUUAUAAAAAAUCUUAUCUUUUCUUUUA